CUGGACUGGGUGUGGCGAGGAUGGCCCAGCAGCAGCCCCGGGCCAGAAUUUGCCGGCUACACAAACCGCAAACAUGAACUGUCGGCCCACAAGGGGUGCCUGUUAUGGGGAAGCAGGGUUGUUGUUCCCCAGCCCCUCCGCAAAAGGGUCCUUACAGCCCUACACGAGACACACCCAGGGGUAGUGAGGAUGAAGGCCCUUGCCAGGAGUUAUGUGUGGUGGCCGGGGAUUGACAGAGAGAUAGAGGCCUGGGUCCAACACUGCCAGACCUGCCAAGAAUCCCGCCCGGAUCCCCCAAGGGCCCCAGUCCAGCCCUGGGAGUCCGCCCGACAUCCAUGGUCACGCUUGCACGUGGACUUCGCUGGCCCCUUCCAGGGAAAAACAUUCUUCAUAGUGGUGGAUUCCUACACCAAAUGGCUGGAGGUCGCACUGGUACCGUCCACUUCUACGGCGGCAGCCAUCCGGGUACUACGUAAGCUUUUUGCAACCCACGGGCUCCCUGACACCCUCGUCUCGGACAAUGGAACCGCAUUCACGUCAGAGGAGUUCCAGACCUUCACAGCGCAGAACGCCAUCCGCCACAUCCGCUCAGCACCAUUCCACCCUGCCACCAAUGGCCAAGCGGAGCGCAUGGUGCGGACCACCAAGGACAGCCUCCGCCGCAUGACACAAGGGGACUGGGAAUACCGCCUUGCCGCAUUUCUUCUAGCACAGCACAGCACCCCAAGCACAACGACGGGCCGGAGCCCAGCUGAACUACUAAUGGGCCGGCGCCUUGCAACUAGACUGGACCGACUUCACCCCGACAGAGCUCAGGAUGAGGUAGUGGUGGGGAAAGGCAGGAACCCCCGGACAUUUGUGGCCCAGGACGCAGUGUACGCAAAGAAUUUUGGGGCAGGCCCAGCAUGGGUACCCGCCACAGUCACCAAGGUGACCGGUCCCGUGUCGUACGAGGUACUAACGGAAGGGGGGCAAUGUUGGCGCCGCCACUGCGACCAGCUACGGCGACGAUUCCCAGGAGGAACCCGGGAGGAGAGCGGGACAGAGGGGUCCCAAGGGGACAGCAGGGCAGUGAGGCCUGUAGAGCGAGAGGGGUGGGCAGGGGAAGCAGAAGCAGUAGGCACAGAGGGGCGCCCCGAGGCUGGAAGGACACCGGAA